GUUCUUGAUGACGUUGAUACCGAAAUACAAUUACAAAUGUUAGCAGGAAACCGUGAAUGGUUUGGCCCUGGAAGCAGAAUCAUUAUAACCACCACAAAUAGAUAUUUGUUGGCAAGACAUGGAGUGCAAGAUGUAUGCUUGGCUAAACAACUGAAUGAGUCCGAUGCUCUACAGCUCUUUAUUUGGAAAGCCUUCGGCAAACCGAAUUGUGGAAAGGAGUUUUUGGAUCUUAGCAAGGAUUUCGUAAAUUAUGCCAAGGGCCUGCCUUCAACUAUUAAAAACUUGGGUUGCUCUCUGUAUGGGAAGAGCAUAGAGCAAUGGAUAGUUGAGCUGGAUAACCUAAAAGCAGAAGCUGUUGAUAGAAACAGUGAGGAUGCAGAUAGAUUCAACUUUGAUGGACUUUGGGAUACAGAGAAAGAGCUAUUUUUAGAUAUUGGAUGUUUCUUCAAUGGGGAGGACAAGGAUCGAGUUGUAGAUAUACUAGAUAAUUCUAGUUGCUUCCCAAACAUAGGUAUAGAGGUUCUCAAGGAAAAAUCUUUCAUUACCAUUGCAGGGAAAAAAUUAUGGAUGCAUGAUUCACUACGAAAGGUGGGUUGGGAAAUUGUUAGUAAUGAAUCCCCUAUGGAGGCUGGAAGACGUAGUCGGUUGUGGCUUUGUGAGGAUGUCCUCAACGUGCUAAAGAACAAUAAAGGAACAAAUGUAGUUGAAAGCAUAGUGCUAGACUCACUUCUACAAAAGGAAGAGUUGAAUGCCGAAGCCUUCUUAGAAAUGAAGAGGUUAAGAUUGCUUAAAAUCUGCAAUGUGCUCCUUCCUCACGGCCUCGAUUAUCUUUCUAACGAGUUACUUGUCAUUGAAUGGCAUGGAUAUCCUUUGACAUCCUUGCCAAGGAGUUUCCAACCCAAUAACCUUGUCGAACUCAUUAUGCGUUGCAGCCACAUUAAGCAACUACCGAAGGGGUUUGUUAGUAAUUUAUACAGUUUAAAACUCAUCGACCUUAGUGACUGUCAAAACUUCAACGAGAUUUCUAUUUUCAAUGGAUUUCCAAAUCUUGAGAGGUUGAUCCUUCAACGUUGUACAAGCCUGUGCAAGAUUGAUCCAUCUAUUAGAGCUCUGAAUCGGCUUAUUCUAUUAGAUCUGGAAGGUUGCAAAUGUCUUUAUAGCCUUCCACCCGAGAUCAACUUUGAAUCUCUUGAAACUUUGAUCUUAUCUGGCUGUUCAGCACUCAAGAAAUUCCCAGAGAUUGGACAAAACAUGACACGUUUGUCAAAGCUUUAUUUGGAUGGGAGUGCUGUUGAAAAACUACCAUUAUCAUUCAAGCAUCUAAGUGGCCUGACUUUAUUGAUCCUCCGAGACUGCAAAAACUUUUCGGCUUUUCCAGACAUCAUUUGUUCUGUGACAUCUCUUCAAACGCUCAAUUUAUCAGGAUUUGAGUGUCGACCAACUAGAUCAUGGCAUUCGCUUGGACGCUCUUAUAGUUUGUCCUCAGUUCGUGUCACUGCCACUUAUCCUCAAAUAAUUUCUUUUUUGAUCCUAUUUUUCGUAAUAUUGCCACAUGGACAUCUCAGUUUGCUUGUCUGUGCUACGCUUAUUUUAUGGGCAUAUUUCUUCUUCGCUGCCCAACUUCCUGAGAUAGAGCCCAUCAACUUCUUGUUGCCAAGGUCAUUCUCAAGGUUGAGCUCUUUGGUCUCUCUAGAUUUAAGUGAUUGCAACUUGUUGGACGGAGCACUCCCUGAUGAUCUUGAUCGCUUAUCUUCACUGCAUUCUCUAAAUUUGAGCGGAAACAAUUUUACACGGCUGCCGGAGAGAAUUUCUGAGCUUCCUAAGCUUAAAAUUCUUAAUUUGGAUAAAUGUGGGAGGCUUCAAUCAAUUCCUAAACUUCCUUUAUGCAUACAAUUUGUAAUGGCACGAGAAUGUGCUUCAUUGGAAAAUUAUUCAAGUCAAGGUAUGGUGUGGACUUCAGGCGAAGAGGGAUUUAUCACUUCUUGAUAUCUCUUUUCAUCUGCUUCCUGUGAGGAUGCAUGCAUGGGCGUUGGAGGAGGUUUGAAACCUAAUCUUGUUUCAUAUUUUAGACAGAGACUUUCCGACAAUGUUCGAAAUCUACUUUCCAAUGCACACUUGCUGGACAUGAUCUACGUCGAAUUAGACUC